AUGGUAGCCAAUAAGAGCAAGAGUUCAAGAAGUCAGACUGGGAUGCAGAAGAAAUGCAAGGAUGUGAAUGCACCAAAGAAGCCGAUGUCAGGGUAUUUAAUUUUUGGACAGGAACAGAGGAACAAGAAUGAGGAUUUGAGAAAGAUGCCAGUAGCAGAGCAAGGAAAGAUUAUCUCUGAGAUGUGGAAGAAUUUGAGCGAAGAGCAGAGGAACAAUUACAACGACAUUUCGAACAAGGAGAGGGAGCAUUACUAUGUUGCGAUGGAUGAGUAUAAGAAGAGCGAUCAGUACCAGGAGUAUCUUGAGAAGGUGAAGGAGACGGAUUCAGGAAAGAAGAAAAAGAAAGGUACGAAGAAGGUUACGGGAUACAAUGAAUUUUUCAAGGAGAUACGAAAAACGAUUUCUGAAGAGAAUCCCGGGUUUUCGAUGACUGAUACAACUUCUGCUGUUGCAAAAAGAUGGAAAGAGUUGAGCACAGAGGAGAAGGAAGUCUACAAGAAGAUUGCCGAUGAGAAGAAUAUGAAGGUGGGGAUAGUCGAAGAAUGA